UCGCGGAGGAAACAUACUGAACGGAACUGGCUUUGUUUACUUCCAUUCACUGAUUAGAAUCUGAUAAAAAUCAUUAAAACAUCAGAUUUACGAUUUUAUUCACAGUCAAACGCACUUCGGGUGAGAUUAUAAAGCAGUCUCUGCUCUUUUCACGCGGUUAGGUCCAAAAUAGAACCGCACAGAUGCAGCACUGAGGCUUGGUCCGAUAGUCCGGGUCUGGACCUGGGUUUGGACCGAAGAUUUCCGCCCUUUAGCCUGGUUUGGACCUGGAUUCAGACCUCUGAAAGCUCGGUUCUUUAACCUGAGUUGGACCUGGUUUUAGAGCUCUGAAAGCCCAGUCAUUUAGCCUGAUUUGAACCGAAGAUUUGGCCCUUUAUUCUGGUUCGGAUCAGGGUUUGGACUUCUGAAUACUCUGUUCUUUAGCCUGGUUUGGACUUGUGUUUAAGCUUCUUAAAGCUUGUUUUUUUAGCCUGGUUUUGACAAAUGAUUUCCGCCCUUUAUUCUGUUUGUACCCGAGCUUAGACCGCUGAAAGCUCGGUUCUUAAGCCUGGUUUGGACCGCAGAUGGACGCUCUUUAACCUGGUUUGGACCCCUGAAAGCUCGGUUCUUUAGCCUGGUUUUGGCCCAGAUUUGCCCUUUUGAAAGCUCGGUUCUUGAGCUGCUUUUAGAUCUCUGAAGGCUGGUUUGGGUUUCCCCUUUUGCCGUAUUUGGACCGCACUUUUCCGCCCUGUCCCCGGGUUGGACCAGGGGCAGAUGGAUUCGCUGCGUGAGUCGGUCUUGGUUCGGCUCCAGGCGGUGCUGACCCCGGCCCACCCAGCCCUGGACGCCACUCUGCGGGCGGUGCUGGGCUGGAGGCUGGAGGCGGCGGCGCAGGACCUCAUGGAGCUCUUUCAGCGAGCCGUGGAGAAGGUUCAGGCCGAGCUGCAAAGCGAGCUCCAGCGGCAGAGGAAGCUCCUAGACACGCUGCUACAGUCCACCGAGAAAACAGAGCCCGAGGAGGAGAAAGGGGCAAAGGAGCAGGAGCGAGGGAAGGAGCAGACAGAAAACCAGGACUCUGCCCAGAAAAGCCCCAGAAAACGUGGCAGAAAGCCUGGGUUUAAGAUGGAGCGAAAGCAGACCCCCAAAGUCGAGACCUUCACCUGUCACCUGUGCUCCGCCCACUUCAGUCAUGUGACUACCCUCUGGAGACACCUGAGGAGCCACCGGAGUGACACAGCCAAUCUGGGAGAAGGAGAGGAGCAGGCGGCCAAUCACAGCAGAGCUCAAGCAGACUACCUGUACCUGGACACAUCAAACAGUCAAAGCCCCGACAGCCACGAGGAGAAAGGAGACGAGAAAGGAAACAAGGAUUUAGAAGACAAAGAAGUAGGAGACAAAGAUGAAGAAUGGAUUGCAGCUGAACCAGAAGAUGAUUCUGAGACCGAACCAAAACCACGGAAAAAACGAAAGAAAAGAAAGCCAGAAACUAAACCAAGAGCCAAGAGGAAAACUGCAGAACAGAAGUCUUCAUCGUCUGAGGGGAUUAAGAAGAGGAAGAGUAAAGGUGGGGGAGUGUGUCGUGUGUGUGGUGCAGAGUUCCACAGGAAGAUGGCACUGGUGAAGCAUGUCAUGUGUUUCCAUGGCGACGGCGCUGUGUGCGGCCUGUGUGGUAGGUCAUGUGAUACGGAGGCAGCGCUCACAGAUCACCUGAAGGAGCACUAUGAUGACAACCGCUUCUCCUGUGCUGUCUGCGGGAAGCGUUUCCCAGCCCAUGCAUCUCUCCUGAUGCACGAGCGUGUUCACACCGGAGAGAGACCUUACAGCUGUUCUGUCUGUGGUAAGACCUUUAAUCAGGGUGGAAACUUGAAGACUCACCUGAAGAUCCACUCAGGUGAGCGCGCUUUCACCUGUCACCUGUGUGGGCGGGGCUUCACCCAGAAACAGACUCUUCACGUGCACGUGCGCUUCCACCUCAAGGAGCGCUCUUACCUCUGCCAGGUUUGUGGCAAAGGCUUUAUGCAGCACGUGGACCUCAAGAGACACAUCCUGGUCCACUCUGGAGAAAAGCCGUAUGUCUGCACCAUCUGCAACAAGAGCUUUCAGGCCAGACGCUCUCUGAACAUCCACAUGAGAGGUCACCAGGGGGGGUUGGGAGCAGAGCAGGUGAGAGGUGUACAGGUACAGGUAUCUACAACGAUGAGAGAGAUGGAGGGAGGAGGGGCGGGGUCAGAGGUAAGAGGGGUGGGGUCAGAGGAGAGCCUACAUGUGAGACAGCUUCAGGGAACAUUGGAGAAAGGGCUGGAGGGUGUGUUUGGCAGGAGACUGGAUGGAGCAGUGGGGAGGGGGACAGAGGAGGGGCACUUCAGAGGCCAACAGGGAGCGCUAGGGAGGGGGGCGGGGUCAGAGGGGGCACCAGGAAGGGGGGCGCUAGGAAGAGGGGCAGGAUCGGAGGGAACACUAGGGCUAGGGGCGGAGCCAAUGCCUGUGAGAGAACCACAGGGGACAGUAGGGAGGAUGACACUGGGUGGUCUGGGGAGGGGGGUGGAGGAGGGGCACUUCAGGAGCCAGCAAGUAGCACUAGGGAGGGGGUCAGAGGGGGUCAUGGGCAGAGGGCCAGAGGUUACGCACAUUAAGAGGCAGGAGCACACGCGCAUGUCUGGACCCAAAGAACCCAGAGACAGACUCAGAGAGGAGUUUAACAAGAAUGUGCACGUGGAUCAGAGGGGCAUGCAUGUGGAGCAGAGAGGUGUGCAUGACAGAGCUGUGCACAUGGACAGAGGUGUGCACAAGGAGAGGGGUGUUCACGAGGAGACAGCCAUGCACAGGAGCGUUCACGAGAGAGCCGUGCACGUGGACAGGGGCUUACACGAGAGAGCAGCCGUGCACGAGGAGCAGAGAGCCAGAAACCACUCCCACUUCAUACACCUGUGA